UAUAUAUAUAUAUUGUCCUGUCCCUUGUCAUUUCACCUGCUGUGGAGAAAGACUUGAACGUUGUAUUGUGUUUACACUGUAUUUAUGAUACUGUAUUUAAGCUGUAGUCUUUAAAAAAAACUUUUCGGAAAAGUGCUCGUUCACAUUGUAUCAGGAUAUUUAUUAGACGUAGUGCGUCAUGGAGAGAAUCGGGACGAAACUUAAGCAGAAGUUUAAACUGGCCGAUUCGGGCAGUGUGAAGUUUAGUAAAAAGAAAAAUGAACUCUCCAACUCAAACAACAACGGUAACAGUGUGAAUAGUGCAGUGCCGGUUGCGGCCCACUUAAACCCAGGAACGAGCUCGUCACCUGCGAGUACAGCCCAGUUCAGCCUCACUGGCUCUCCCACCAUCGAGUCAACUUCAAGUGCCAGGUCAGCAAAGGUGGUCAACUCUCAGAGGGUGUCUUCCUGUGUUGUCUCUACCACCUCAGCACCUGUACCAGAAGAAUCUGGGCCUUCCCUCGAACACCAUCCAGUGACACUCGCUCCUUUGCGACGCCGCUCACCUCAGCAACGCGUAUCCUGUUACCUGCCUGAUUCCGUGGAGGGCCGGGGUGCCUGUGAUCCAUCAAGGCGUACUGAUUUGACACAAGGUGAGCAUGUCGACCCACAAGGCGCUUACAGCCCAAAUUCACGAGUCGCCCUAAAUCAGCGCAGAUAUUCUCUGGAGCUUCAGCAGCUUGUGAGAAGGCAGCAGCUCCUUGCCCAGGCUCCACUGUCUUCCAUGCCGCCUCCGUACCCAACGCCUGGCCCGGUUACUCGCGCAGGCUCUGCCGAGCCAAGCUUUCUGACUGAACCAGAACGCCACAAACGCUUCUCCCUGCAGGAGGCGCUUUUCUGCAAGCGCUGGAGCUCUGGGGGGGAACCAUGGGACAGCGGGAGGCCAGCAUCGCUUUCACAUCCUCCAAUGAGAAGUCAAGAUGGUGCUGGGGCUACCUGUUUCUUUCCUGCUGGACCAGCACUGAGCCCCUGCUCCUCCUUCAGCCUGCAGGAGUCAGUGUUAGCAAGCCCACGCUCAAGCUUUGCUAGCAGCACAGCUAGUGGAGGCGGUGGUGGUGUUGGAGGAGGGGGCACCAGCGGAAGUCCUAUUGGAAGCCCGUGCAGCAGCAACCGCACCAGCGGCAUAAGCCUCGGCUACGACAGUCGCCACGUGUCGAGCCUUGCCCAGCCGCUGCAUUUCUCCUCCACACAGUUAGGUGGUGCUGUCCCUGGGCUUGUGUUCCCAAUUUCUGGCCCUGGGAAAGCAGGAGCACCCCCAAUAGAGGUGUGGAGGGACUAUUUAGAACGAACCUCAGGGAUUGGAGGAGGUUUCCAAGAUGGAAGACAUUCAUACCCACCAGCGGGUAGUUCACCAGCUGCAACAGAGUGGUGGAGUUGCGCAGAGCAACGGGGACCGCGGACAGAGAGCACGGGGGAGCGGAUGAGGCACUCGGACCUGCCAGGUACCCACUACCAGCAGGAGCUGACACGCCUCCUACUGAGGGACAUGACACUGGAUGGUGAGGAGCAGCUUGGAGGACUAGCUUUGAGGGAGCAACCUCUGUCCACCUCUGCAGUCAAUGUCUCUGGGACUUUGAAACCUCAGGAAGAACAUGCGUCUCUGAGGGAACCACCAUCAGCCCUGGACCGACAAGAAUUUUUUGGAACGUGUGUGAAGUGUGGGAAAGGUGUGUAUGGUGCAGAUAAUGCCUGCCAGGCUCUGGACAGUCUCUAUCACACUCGCUGCUUCACCUGUGUGUCUUGCGGUCGCACCCUUCGAAACAAAGAUUUCUACAAUGUUGGUGGUUCAGUGUACUGUAAGGAGGAUUACAUGUUUUCUGGCUUUCAGGCAGCAGCAGAAAAAUGCUGUGUGUGUGGCCACCUGAUCCUUGAGCAGAUUCUGCAAGCCCUGGGGAACUCGUAUCACCCAGGCUGUUUCCGCUGUAUAGUCUGUACCAAGACUCUGGACGGCGUUCCUUUUACAGUGGACUACCUCAAUAACGUCUACUGCGUUGCAGACUACAACAAGACUUUCGCCCCUAAAUGUGCUGCCUGUUUACAACCUAUUUUACCUGCUGAGGGCAGUGAGGAGAUUCUCAGGGUGGUAUCCAUGAACAAAGACUAUCACUUUGAGUGCUAUCACUGUGAGGAGUGCGGUAAGCAGCUCUCAGAUAAACUGGGCUCUCAGUGCUUCCCCCUGGACUCCCACCUCCUAUGCCACCCCUGUCACAUGAGCAGGGUGUGCCCCUCUCACAACCUGCCCCCACACAACUCACACUGAACAGGGGGUGGAGAUCUUUCCGUUGGACCAACAUACACUGCUUUGUAAUAUGUACGCGUAUUUGUGACCAAGAUUAUUUGUAACUGUCUGUUAAAGUAUUUGCUUUUUCUGUUUGUUCUUUUCCUUUUUGCACCACCUGCACACACACUGCAACACUGAAAACAGGUGGUGUGAUGUUUGACUGACUUCUCAAACUUGAGGUCCUACAUUUCAAGAUUGGAACUGGAUGGGUGUGUCCCUCUAGUGGCCAGUAAAUUCAGACAGAAUCCUGCUGAUUACAUUUUCAGUGGCAGGAUCUCUCACUGUUAUCAACCGUACUAAGUUAUUAGGGAGAAUGAAACGUCAUGUUGAGCUACUGUUUAUAUUCUCAUAUCUGCUGUAGGAAAAAAAACUAAGGGAUUAUUCUUAACUUUUUAAAAAUAUUUAAUAUCACUAGCAAAGAUUUUGCACUUAAAUGAACAUGUUUACCUUUUAAGAGAUUUUUUUUAAAAAGAAAUGUUUCUGCAAAAAAGUAAAAACAUUCCUGUAUCUGUCUUUAUUAAUAAACUUCUUUCUCUCACUUUUGCAUUGGCUUUUUUUUUUUGUUUGUUUGUUUUUUUACAUUUUAGCUUUUAGGUGCAGCACAAUGAAUAUUAGAUUCUUUGCAUAAUUUCUUUUUAAUUACAAAAUACUUUUUUUUAUUAAACAAACCCAUAAUAAAGUCAGUCACCAUGUCAUGGGUGAUCAUCUCUGGGUUACUGAUCGGAACUCUUGUGGCCCUUGAGCAAGGCCCUUAGCCUUCUGUACUCCAGGGGCGCUAUAACAUGGCUGAUGCAGCACUCUGACCUCAGCUGCAACAUAACUUAGAUAUGCAGGGAAAUUAAGUCCACACCAGAGCAGGUUGAACACCACCUGUCCAUGAGCUCAAAUCUGCAUAAUGAACUUGUUUAAAAGUGCCUUAAAAUUAUAAAAAAAAAAAAGAAAUAUUUGCCAACAACCUUUCCUUUAGUCACUUUUUUAUUCUUUGUACAUUCGGCAUACUCGAAAGAAAAAAAAUAAUCAAAAAGCAAAUAGGAAUUUCUCUUUUUUUUUUCAAACUAAAAAAGAAAAAAGUUAAAACAUCAUUAAAACAUGUAUUGUUCCUCUCUUGUCUAUAACUGUUAGUUUUCUCCCUUAUCUGAAACUCGGAGUACAACACUAAAGAACUGAGAGGACUACAGACUGCCAACAGGACACGGGGGGGUGGGGAGACGCGACGCGACGAUGGAGGCAGCAGCAGGACGGGGAGAGACGAGACGUGUUAAACACCUGUUAUCCUUCAUAACAGCACCUUUCUAGAAUUAACAUCAGACAGAUACGCAGUAGUCACCCGUUCAGUGCAGGGUCUGGAAGGGUGCGGCCGUGACCCACAACACACCACCGUUCGCCAGAGUCAAAGGCCAAGACGUUUCGCUUUGAGGGAUCUUUUUGGUCAACUGAAGUGAAUUAAAAGUCUGAGAAUGAAUAAAACAAUUUAAUUUGAAAAUAAGUACAUGGCGAGAUAAGCCAUAGAGAACUCCAAUUAGAAUCUAUAAAUAGAAAUUAUCAAGGGCUUCUUAAAAAAAAAAAAAAGAAA